AUGUGAAAAACUCUUACCAGAACAAAGGUUCCAGCAUUGGUAAGUCAAACUUUGGACUCUGAUAGCUGAACGAAUAGCAGAGGCCAGAGUCCACUUGAAGUGUCCACACUCUUACAGGUCAAGUUUGGAUCUGAUCUGCCUGAGAUUCCAUUUGACAUUGGUUUGUUAUAGCAGGUAGCUGACGAGAUUUACUGCUGAAGACUGGAAACAUGUCUUGUGCCAUCCAAAAGGCAGAAGCAUUGGACGGGGCUCAUUUGAUGCAGAUCCUCUGGCAUGAUGGUGUGGAAUCUCUCUACCCAGCAGUGUGGCUGAGAGACAACUGCCAGUGCUCCGAUUGCUACCUGGAUUCUGCAAAAGCACGGAAACUUCUCGUUGAAGCUCUUGAUGUGAACAUUGGUAUUGAAGGCUUAACAUUUGACAGAAAAAAGGUGUAUAUCACGUGGCCUGAUGAGCAUUACAGUGAAUUCCAAGCUGAUUGGCUGAAGAAAAGAUGCUUUUCCCAGCAGGCCAGAGCACAGCUCCAAAGAGAAUUGUUUUUGCCAGAAUGUCAGUACUGGGGCUCAGAGCUCCAGCUACCUACUCUGGAUUUUGAAGAUGUUUUAAGAAAUGACGAACAUGCAUACAAGUGGCUCUCCAGCCUCAAGAAAGUAGGUAUAGUACGACUCACAGGAGCAUCUGACAAACGAGGAGAAGUCUCAAAACUUGGAAAAAGGAUUGGUUUCCUCUAUCUUACAUUUUAUGGACAUACUUGGCAAGUGCAAGACAAAAUCGAUGCAAACAAUGUGGCUUACACAACUGGGAAGCUAAGUUUUCACACUGAUUAUCCAGCCCUCCAUCACCCACCUGGGGUUCAGUUUCUGCAUUGCAUAAAACAAACAGUCACAGGAGGUGAUUCAGAAAUUGUAGAUGGGUUUAAUGUAUGCCAAAAGCUCAAGGAAAGAAAUCCUUGGGCAUUCCAGAUUUUGUCCUCCACUUUUGUGGAUUUUACAGACAUAGGAGUGGACUACUGUGAUUUCUCCGUACAAUCAAAACACAAAAUUAUAGAGUUGGAUGAUAAAAGCCAAGUGGUUCGCAUCAACUUCAAUAAUGCAACUAGGGACACGAUAUUUGAUGUACCUGUUGAAAGAGUUCAGCCUUUUUAUGCUGCUCUGAAGGAGUUUGUUGGCCUCAUGAAUAGCAAAGAAUUCAAGUUUACCUUCAAGAUGAAUCCAGGGGAUGUGAUUACUUUUGAUAACUGGCGCUUACUUCACGGCCGACGUAGCUAUGAAGCAGGAACUGAGAUAUCCCGCCAUCUAGAAGGAGCUUAUGCUGACUGGGAUGUGGUAAUGUCGAGGCUUCGUAUCUUAAGGCAGAGUGUUGAGAAUGGAAACUGAAAAUCCCGUCUAUCAUUUUAGUAAGAUUCCAAUGAGUGUAUUUUGUAAGAUGCGGCAGUUAUUCACGGACCAUGAUCUGUGUCCUUUACAUAUAAUUUCCUUAACAUCGAACACGUAACCUCUCUUAGAAAAGUAUUCUUUUCUUUGUAAUCACAUACAAUGUCAACUUUUUAGAUGUUUUAGCAGUGCGCACUCUGUUCCAAAUAAAGCAUUCCUUCUGUUCUGUUGCAUGCAUGCUCUAAUUUCUUUUGCCCAUAUAUGAGUGUCUCCAGAAUGCCUACAAAUUUUUUGUAUCAAAUAAAACCUUUCUUUACAUAAAGCUUUUGUUUCAAAUAAAAUUUAUGUUUCAAAUAAAACAUGCUUC